CUGGCGAUGUCGGUGAUCCAGGAGCUGAGGAACGCCGGCUGGCUGCCGUACAUGCGACCCCUCGAGGAGUUGAGGCCACGGGCGGAAAGCGCCUGGCAGGCCUACCAGCGCGCAGAGUCCCAGUGGCGGCGGGGCGCCGCCCUGGCCGCGGGCGAGGACCCUGGGCCGCAGGAGGACCGACAGGGGCAGCGCCGGCAGCCAGCCGAGGCAGCGCCGGCGUUCUGGCUUCAA